GGGGGCGGGUGGUGGCUGGGGAAGGGCUAGCGGGAAGCUAGGGCCAACGGAGGGGUUUGGGGGAGGGCGAUCCGGAGGCGCGGGCUCUCUCUAGCAGGUUGCCGCAGCCAUGCAGUGGCUCUCUCCAGUCGGUGGCAAUGACUUGCCCAGGGGCCAGGAGCGCCCGAGUCCCUUCAGCCAGCUAGUGUAUACCAACAACGACUCCUACAUCAUCCGGUACGGGGAUCUUACAAAGAUCCAUAAAGCUGCCUCCCGGGGCCAAGUCUCAAAGCUACAGAAGAUGACAUUGAAGAAGAAGACCAUCAACCUUAAUGUAAAAGACGCCAGGAAGAGGACUGCUCUACACUGGGCCUGUGUCAAUGGCCAUGCGGCAGUAGUAACAUUUCUGGUAGACAGAAAGUGCCAGCUUGACGUCCUUGAUGGUGAAAACAGGACACCUCUAAUGAAGGCUCUACAAUGCCAGAGGGAGGAUUGUGCAAAUAUUCUGGUAGACUCUGGUGCCGGUCUAAAUAUUGUAGAUGUGUAUGGCAACACAGCUCUCCAUUAUGCUGUUUAUAAUAAGAAUUUGUCAGUGGUGGCAAAACUGCUGUCCCACGGUGCAGUCAUCGAAACGCAAAACAAGGCUAGCCUCACACCACUUUUACUGGCCAUAACGAAAAGAAGUGAGCAAAUUGUGGAAUUUUUACUGACAAAAAAUGCAAAUGCAAAUGCAGUCAAUAGGUUUAAAUGCACAGCUCUCAUGCUCGCUGUAUGUCAUGGAUCAUCAGAGAUAGUCGGCAUGCUGCUUCUGCGAAAUGUUGACGUCUUUGCUGAAGAUACGUGUGGAAUGACUGCAGUACGUUAUGCUAUUGCUUGUGGAUUUGAUCACAUUCAUCAACAACUUUUGGAAUAUAUACGAAAAUUAUCUAAAAAUGCUGGUCCAGGUAAGACUUCUGAUAGUAAACUACUCUUGGUGGUGCUACCAUAAGAUUAUGGAAGUGUUGAUCACAAAAAGGCAAUUCAAAAAGCAAUGUGUAAAUAGCAUGUGUUUACAUAUGUACGUGUGUGUGUGUGUAUAUAUGUAGCUUUAAUUUUUAGUUUAUAAUUCAGAAUUAGUUAAUAAUUUCAUUGUAGGUAGUUUAUAAUCUCAAAAAAUAUUAUUUGAAAAAAUAUUUGUUUAAUUAUGGUCCCUAAAAUCCUAUAUAAUACUUUUCUAUACAUAAGUAAUGCAAUUUUUAAGUUUGUAUAUUGUAUGUUUCCUCAAUUGUCCUAACAACUUAGGCUUGGUAUAAAAUGUAUAACCCUUGUUGUGAUUGAUGAACUCAGUA